AUGGCCACGGACAUUCCAUCCACACACAAGGCGUGGCAGUAUUCGGGGACGUCAGGCGGAAUCGAGAAGAAUCUCAAGCUUAAUCCGUCUGUCCGAACACCCACCCCCGCAAAUAAUCAGCACUUGAUACAGGUGUUGGCCACAGCACUCAACCCCAUCGACUACAAGCCAGCCUCGAUCCCGUUCAUUGGCCGACUUAUACGUCCCAAGAUCGCGACCCCAUGUUGUGACGUCGCUGGACGACUCGUGACACCAGCAUCUGGUUCAUCCUUGAAACCAGGCCAACUCGUCUUUGGAGCCGCAGGCAAGAAUCCUAUUGCUGGAGGCGCACUUGCAGAAUACGCCAUCUGCAAAGCCGACCAUCUCAGUGCGAUCCCAGACGGUCUCAAACCUACGGAGGCUGCUAGUGUCCCUGUGGCAGGGCUGACAGCUUAUCAGACCAUAGCCACAAGGGUGAAAGCAGGCGACAAUAUCUUCAUCAAUGGCGGCUCCGGCGGCACCGGCGUCUUUGGGAUCCAGACGGCGAAAGCAGUCGGCUGUCAUGUCGUUACAUCCUGUUCGACUCCGAACAUCGAGCUAUGCAAAAGCCUGGGCGCCGACGAAGUGAUUGAUUACCGGAAACAAAACUUGAUCGAGACUCUUGCCUCCAAGGAGUUCAAGUUCGACCAUGUCGUUGAUAAUGUCGGUGCAGAUCUUCAACUAUACUGGGAGUGUCACCGGUUCACCAAGCCAGAUACUGAAUAUCUCAUGGUCGGCGGUUCGAUAUCGUGGUCAUUUGCCGCGAAUGUAUUGAAAAUCAAACUACUGCCGAGAUUUCUUGGUGGUGGACAACGAAAAUAUUCUGGCUUCCUCACAAAGGCGAGCACACACGACUUGGAGCAAAUUGCGAAAUGGAUCACCGAGGGCAAGAUCCGGCCGGUCAUUGAUCAUGAGUUUCCCUUUGAAGAGGCACCUGCAGCAUUUGAGAGGUUGAGGACUGGAAGAGCUAGGGGCAAGAUCGUAAUAUCAGUUUCUGAUUCUUUGUAG